GGAAGUAUGCGGCCUGUUUGGCAACUGCCGUUCUACAUGAUAGCAUGAGCUUCAUAACACACACCAGGGCCCCUCACCACAGCCAUCAUUCAGCUGGUGCAGCGGCAGCUGAUGGAGAUUGAAUGACAGCGCUGCCUGGCUGGCUAGUUACUACUUGGAGCUCAUGCAAAGAGUGGAAGCAUGCUCACCGUUUAAAGUUUUGAAGUUGCUUCUUCUAACCCAAGAGUGAGCUAUCGAGCUGGAGAGAUGGGCAACAGCAUGAAGACAUCGACUGCGCCACCUGAAAGACCUCUGCCUGGUCCAAUGGGACUAGACAACGACUUCCUUGCUGUUCUGUGUGAUUAUCCAUCUCCUGACAUCAGCCCACCUAUAUUCCGCCGAGGAGAGAAACUACGUGUAAUUUCAGAUGAAGGAGGCUGGUGGAGAGCAAUUUCCCUCAGCACUGGUCGAGAAAGUUAUAUUCCUGGAAUGUGUGUGGCCAAAGUUUACCAUGGUUGGCUCUUUGAAGGAUUAGGAAGAGACAAAGCUGAAGAACUUUUACUGCUGCCUGACACAAAGAUAGGCUCCUUCAUGAUCAGAGAAAGUGAAACUAAGAAAGGUUUUUAUUCACUAUCAGUGAGGCACAGACAAGUGAAGCAUUAUCGCAUCUUCCGUUUACCCAACAACUGGUAUUAUAUUUCUCCAAGACUCACCUUCCAGUGCCUGGAAGACCUCGUGAAUCACUACUCUGAGGUGGCUGACGGGCUCUGCUGUGUGCUCACAACACCCUGCUUAACUCAAUGUACAACCGGCAAUACGGAGAGGGCCUCAGGAUCACCAGUCGUGAUGCGCCAGAAAAAUUUCAACUGGAAAAAUGCUGCCAGAGUGCAGUCUGGUCCUGAUGGAGAAGCAAACCCUCUGGAAAUGGAUGAGUCACUCUUCAGCUAUGGUCUCCGGGAAAGUAUCGCCUCUUACCUCUCCCUGGCAGGAGAAGAUGGCUCUUCCUUUACCAAUGACCGGAAGAAGAAAAGCCAUUCUCUGAUAUAUACUGGGAGCAAGCGCAAGAGUGCCCUGUUUUCUGCUCCUCAGUAUUUCGAAGAUUAGACUAUGACCCACAAGGGAACACAGGACUGAAUUCUCACCUCAGAUCACCCAUGUAGCCAUGAGGCCUUGGGCUGCUGAGGAUCUCCCAGCAACCAGAAGCAGAGAAAGAAUGGACGCAUGGAUGCCUAAACUCUCUAUCUGCACCCCACUCCCCACCAGUCCCCUAAUUUCCCACAUGUCAACAAAAUGGAAAAUAUCUCCUGGUGGCUAGAUAGUACUGUAGAUAUUACUAUAUGUUAAAUUAUAACUUAGUCAUACACUGGAUCACAAGAAGUGAGUGAGUGUGUGUGUGUGUGUGUGAGAGAGAGAGAGGCAGAGACAGAGAGGGAGGGAGAGAGUGGGGGGAGAAUACACAAGAAAGAAAGAUGAGAGACUGCAUGGACAAAGACUCUCUCAAUAGAAAUGUUUUAAACUUUGUGAUCCAGACUGAAAUUAUCCAGAACAACAGAAGGUCUGGAUUUGCUACUUUCCACUGAGUUGAUCUUUUUAAAAACACCACAUGAAGACUUCCUGGCUUCAAUCUUAUUUUAAAAGUCAGUGUAUGGAAGCUCAGUAACACUAGAUGGGACCUUUGUUGCAAAGACUUCUUCAGAGUCAGACCAUGGGUACGCUGGACAUGACGAUUUGAAGAUGGGGCUCAGUUUUGAUUGGGAAUGAACCGAGGAUGCCCUGGUUCUGCUCACUGUGUGAUUCUGGACAAGUCACUUUAAUUCUCUGAGCCUCAGUUUCCUCAUGUGCCAAGUGUGUAAGGGGUUGUGCAGAUCUCUUUCUAGCUUUGGAAUUCCUUGACUCCAGGCCUGGGCAGACCCUCUCUUAGUGUUACCUGCAAAUGCUUAGGGAGGGUGAACUGAGGGGAACUGCUGAGAUCAUCCCAUUCAACACAGAACCUGGAAAGGCCCAGGGGCCAGGAGAACUAGGUAUGAGAAAAUCAAUAGGAGAAUCACCUUGACAAAAGAAGGUCUCAAGAAAUUGGUAUUGUGUAAAGAGUACUGGAUUGAGAAUCUAAAGACCUGGGUUUGAAUCCCAGCUCUACCAUGGACUGCCCGUGUGACUCAGGCAAUGUGGGCCUCAGCUAUAAAGUGAAGAAUGGACCAGUAGAUUGGAAAGGUCCGUUCUAGUUGUAAACUUUAUGAGGCUAGUAUUCUUGGACACACACACACAAAAGACCCUUUCUCUAUUCCUGAAAAUCUGCCCUGAAUGGACAUGAAGCAAUAGGUAAAGAAAAAAUUUAUCAAAUCUGGUGGCUCCUUCAAAUGGUUUGGGAACCUUAAGACUCAAAAACAGAGCUUUGGGAAAGGUUAAGGGUCCAAGGGGUUCCUUAUGGCAUACCCAACCAGAGUCAGAGGAGCAGAGAAACUCUUCUCCAGGGACUGCUAGGCCUGUGGGAUAAAUGCAUUACUCAUUUUUCCCAGUUUCAAAGGGACAGAAAGAAUUUGUGAGCGUUGUCUCUAGCCUGAUAACAAAAGUCUGUAAUGCUUACUCUAGGCAUGUUUGAGAUCUUAGAUCAUCACAGCAGUGGCAUAGAUAUGUGUGCAUUUUCAGAGCAGAGCACAAAGGCUGUUUGAAAUAAUCAACCAUGUUACAGAGUCUGAAUAUACCAUUGUGGACAUUGGCGUUGCUUGCCAAGCAAGGAGACCUCCCUCCAGAACUCCAGAGGUUUGUAUAGAGUCUAAUGUAUUGUUUCAAUUUGUGAUUCAUGCAGUUGAAAUGCUUGAGGGAGUGUGAGUGUGUGUGUGUGUGUGUGUGUGUGUGUGUGUGUGUAUGUGAGAGACGGGGGGGAAUUCUAACAUUAGCAUUACACAUUGCUAAAUCAUGUAUUUAUUCUUGAUUUAAAUUGUUGUAAUAAAUAUUUCAUGCUUGAAAUACACAA